AUGGCCAAGCAUCACCAACUGACUCCACUCUUGACGCUGCUUCAAACCCACUCCAGCGACCCUUGUUAUGAUCUCACUUUCUCCCCCGCAUGCAUCAUGACCAACAUCAAUCAACGCAUUCUUUUUUGGCUCGACGGCGUCCUUCCUCAUUUCCCUCCUCCCGCGCAACCCAUCUCUAAGAAGCGCUCCGUCUCUGAGCCCAACCAUCCUCUCACGCCGCCUCACUCACCGGAGUCUGGCCCAGAGGACAUGUCGCCCGUCACUCCUGUCACCAAGAAGCUCAAGGUGCUCGAUGAUGUUCCCUCGCUCACCCGUCCUGUUCAAGUCGAGGAUGAUAAUGAGGAGAAUGAGCAGACACCGAGAGCUGAGCCUUCGCAGUCUGAUGAUCGCGCUUCGCAACGCACCGGCGGUACUGGCGCAUCUGGCACCUCUUCUCCUACCAAGGCUUUGCGGUCUCUCAAGUAUCAAGAAGACGGGCUUGAUCACAUGAAACUCGACGUGUCGGACGACAAGCUUCCAACAUCUUUGGUGGAGCUGGCGAAUGACAUGCAAGAGAUUGGGAAUGGAGAAGGUGUUGUUUCCGAGUAUCUCAAUGAUGAGAUCAAGGACCUCUGCAAAAUGACAACCGCCUAUGGUAGUUUCAAGCCUUACAGAUUUGACGAGAAGGAAAAGCGAUUCCCGAAGACUUCGCAUCGGCGACUCAAGCUUGGUGACGUCCUCCAGGUUGUCAGUGAUGCUCGAGACUGCGACGAAUAUCAAGCGGAUGAGACUUAUUGGAACAACCAUGUUCACACCUCUCUGCUCAACGUCAUCUUCCGUGGAACCAACCCAUGUCCAACGCUGCUCGAUGGGUUCAAAUCUUGCACCUGUGCCUCCAUCCUCGCCGAGUACAAGAUCAACGCCUCUACUGGAAAAAAGGUCGACUACGCCUGCUACAUCAACCCUGAGAAGGACAAGCACCUCCCCGACGCCACUAAGCUCAUCGACAAGAUUUGCGCCAGUGCCAUAGACAACAGCGUCAACCAUACCAGCUUCCAACGCCUCCUCGACCGACCUAUCUCAUUCAGCAUCGAAACGAAGCGAGGCGCGCAGACCGCGCAAAAGGCGGAACUUCAAAUGGGUACCCUUUUGACGGCGCAUGGCUCUUUUGGAUCGACUGCGAGCUUGCUCUCGACGUUCCAGGUCAUCGCUGGCGUCCAGCGACUGAGAACCUGGGCGCUUGAGGUCUUUUGGCCUUGGUACAAGAAGUAUGUGCUUGGUCCAAAGCCAUCACCGACCACCUCGGCGGAUGUCGCAUGA